AUGGCAAACUCUUCAAAUAAAAGUAAAGCAAGCGAUGCAGUGAAGGAAAAUGAUACCUUAUGCGGAAUAUGUCUGGAAAACGUCUCAGAGAAAGAGACGGACAGAAAGUUUGGAAUUAUGCAGAAUUGUAAUCACACAUUCUGCUUCAGCUGCAUCGAAGCCUGGCGAAAUGUGAACCAAGACGACCUGCCUCCCGAGCUUCGUCGACCCAAGAAGAGCUGCCCGACGUGCCGGAGGGAUUCUGAUGUCGUCGCUCCGUGCCUUCGACACAUCACCGAUCCGCUGGAAAAGGAGAAAUUAAUUGAGGAAUACAGAAUCAUGAUGAAAUGCCUCGACUGCGAAGUUUACAAGCAUUACGGUGUCUGUGCAGAAGGUGAGAACUGUCUCUAUGACCAUGACGAAGCAAGUGUUCUGCCAUCUGGUGCAAGAUAUUCAUCGAGUGUAAGAUUUAAUCGCAGAAAUAGGAAUAACUUAUUCGGAUCCACCAACACAACUUGGUUGGUACGCUACGAUCCGUUCGGGAACCGUGUUGUUAUACGCUUAGACGGAGAUUUUUAA